GUGACCGAGGCGCGCUAGGCCGGCGGGGUCCCGGAGCCGGAAGGGUCUGCGCUGACGGCCGGUUAACCGGACGCUGGGAGUGGCCAGGGACUAUAUUCAGUAUCUUGGAAGCACUGCCAAUAUGUCUGAUGUUCAAGAAGCCACUAACCAGCUCCUGGAUGUGAAUCUUCGUGAGAACCAGAUGUCUGUACAAGUGACUGAAAGUGGCCCCAGAAGUGAGUCUGAGCAUCUCCAAGUCACUAUUGGUGCCACUGUGCCUACUGGUUUUGAGCAAACAGCUGCAGAUGAAGUGAGAGAGAAAUUGGGGUCAUCAUGCAAAAUCAGCAAAGACCGGGGCAAGAUAUAUUUUGACAUUUCAGUGGACAGUCUGGCUCAGGUUCAUUGUCUGAGAUCAGUAGAUAAUUUAUUUGUGGUUGUUCAGGAGUUUAAGGAUUACCAGUUCAAAGAAACAAAGGAAGAAGUUCUAAAGGAUUUUGAGGAAUUGGCUGGGAAGCUUCCAUGGUCAGACCCUUUAAAAAUAUGGAAAAUUAACACAUGUUUCAAGAAAAAAAAAACAAAGCGCAGAAAGAUAAAUCCAAAUUUAGGUAAACAGAAGAUUGAUAAUGGACGAGGAGACACAACAGUUGAGAAGGAUGUUAAAAAAGAGUUCACUAACAGUGUCUCAGAUUCACAGAUCUUAGACUGUUAUGAAAAUCCAACCAUCAAAGAAGAGGUAUCAACAUUAAUAGGUGAUGAUUUGACAUCUUGCAAAGAUGAGACUGAGGAAACCUCAAAAGAAGAAGGUGAUCCUGAAGUGCUGAAGUUUAGAGUCACGUGCAACAGGGCAGGAGAGAAACACUGCUUUUCUUCAAAUGAGGCAGCAAGAGAUUUUGGGGGUUCUGUUCAAGAUUAUUUUAAGUGGAAGGCUGAUAUGACCAACUUUGAUGUGGAGGUUCUUUUGAACAUCCAUGAUAAUGAAAUUGUUGUGGGCAUUGCGUUGACAGAGGAGAGUCUCCACCGAAGAAAUAUCACACAUUUCGGACCCACAACUCUUAGAUCUACUCUUGCCUAUGGGAUGCUCAGGCUCUGUGCACCUCAGCCCACUGAUAUAAUAGUUGAUCCGAUGUGUGGAACAGGGGCAAUACCAAUUGAGGGGGCUACAGAAUGGUCUAACUGUUAUCAUAUUGCUGGUGAUAAUAAUCCAUUGGCUGUGAAUAGAGCUGCAAAUAACAUCUCAUCUUUAUUGACCAAGAUCCAAGUUAAAGAAGGCAAACUGUCCUUGGGCUUGCCCAUAGAUACUAUUCAGUGGGAUAUCUGCAACCUGCCACUAAGAACUGGCUCUGUAGACAUUAUUGUAACAGACAUGCCAUUUGGAAAAAGGAUGGGCUCCAAGAAGAGAAAUUGGAACCUUUAUCCGGCUUGCCUGCGGGAGAUGAGCCGUGUCUGUAGGCCAGGGACAGGCCGAGCUGUACUACUGACUCAGGACAAGAAAUGCUUUGCCAAGGCAUUAUCUGGAAUGGGACACCUAUGGCGGAAGGUGCAUACCGUUUGGGUCAACAUAGGGGGUCUUCAUGCUGCAGUUUAUCUCCUGAAACGUACACCUCAAAGUUUUGUUCAUCCUUCAGAACAAGAUGGAGAAAGAUGUCCUUGUCACUCUGCUGUGCCGUGCUUAGUUGCUCAGUCAUGUCCAACUCUGUGACCCCAUCGACUGUGUAGCCCUUCCAGGCUCCUCUGUCCAUGGGGAUUCUCCAGGCAAGAAUACUGGAGUGGGUUGCCAUGCCCUCCUCCAGGGGAUCUUCACGACCCAGGAAUUGAACCAGAGACUCCUGCAUUGCAGGUGGACUCUUUACCAGCUGAGCUACCAUAUUUGCUUUU